AUGUUUAAUUUAAAACUUUUAAUUUCGAUUGUUUUGGUCCAUGGUUAAACAUAGAUGACAGCUUCUCCUGUCUUCAAGUUGUCAGCCUUUCCGUAUUAGAAAGUAAUUCUAUAGUUAACUCCACUAACUAUCUGUUAGGCGACCUUAAGAAUUUUUUAAAUUUUUAAGCUCUUUAAAAUCAAUUCUUCAACAAGCUUCUUGUAAGCUGAUCCUAAUCCAGUUUGUGGGUUUUUCAAAGUUUCUUAAUCGUAUUCCAUAUCUUACCAUUAUCCUUCACCAUUAUCAGAUUAGGUUAAAGUACGAUCAAACUUUAAGCUAGUGACUUAAGGCUUUCCUUCAAAAGGAAGAUAAACAAUUACUUAUCCCUUUCCAAUUGUGCCAUCUAACUUCAAGUAUGAGAAAUUAAUACGAUAGUUGAAACCAUUGACAAGCUAUCUUUCGACGGAUAUCAGAUUAUGGAAGAAGAGUCCUACUUUUUUCAAAGAUUAAAGAAGCUCUUUGAAGAUGGGAUAUAAUUCAUUUUGGCUAUUUGUUAAGUAAUCUUGCUAGUAUUCAAUAGUAGAAUAGCCUCCGAUGAUCUAAUUGUCGCUAUCAUUUUCAUUAAUUACAUUUUCAUCUUCAAGUUAAAGAUCUUCGACUUCAGUAGUUUUUUCCCAGGAGACAUCAUAAAUUUAGCAAGAACCUUACUUUUCUUCACCAUUAAUUUUGUAAGUAAAGUUGACCUUAAGAAGGAUACCACUUACAAUCUUAGAUUAUAUACUGUCAAAUCUAACAAAUUCAACAUUCUUUUCUUUGAGGGCUUUAGUAAGUUAUUAGAAUGCUCUGAAUAAAAGUGAAUCAGGCUUUGAUUAGAAACCGUUAUCGAUUUCAUAGUCCUACCAACCGCCAACCAUCUAGCCAAGAAGAUUUUCUUAUUCAGGUUAAAGCUUAACAAUUGUGAAUUCAGGAGUUCCAUUGAUAGGAAUAUAGAUUUAAAUCAAACCUUUCUUUGUUUAAUUGUUUUGUUCGUACGAGAAUUCAAUUUUGUAAUUUAUACCAUUAACUACUUAAGUUUAAACAUGGUAGAAGUUAAUAUUUGAGAUUAAGAGUUUUUGA